AAGUGUUUAUAAUCGCUGCGGGCAAGUGGUUCGCUAUUGUAUAUCUAUCUGAGAAGUUAGAAUCGAUCAUGCAACGAUGUUAAAAAACAUUUUUAGAUCUGGUCAUCUAAUUAGGACCACACAUGUUGUCCUGACAUGGGUUAUUACUUUGAUUCUAUUCCUACAUAACACAGACUUAAGAAGACAAGAGGAGAAUGGUGAUUUGACGCAGCCAGUGGUGUUUUCCUUGCUGGUUUUGCUGUCAGUAAUGCUGUACUUCACCGUGUCUUUAAUGGACCCGGGAUUUGUCCUCUCUGACAGUAUUAAGACAUACAAUAACAUGUUUUACCAGUGUCCUCAGGCUGUUAGUGAAGAGUUGGAGGAGAUGAUGCCUGAUAGCUCCACUCCUCGAUUACGCCGUUGUGGAUACUGUCUUUUCCAGCAGCAACCUAUGAGGGCCAAGCACUGCCACACCUGUAAACACUGUGUGCGUCGGUUUGAUCAUCACUGUCCUUGGAUCGACAAUUGUGUCGGGGAAAGGAACCACCGCUGGUUCAUCAUAUAUCUGACAGAGCAGCUGGUGGUUUUACUCUGGGCACUUCAGAUAGCAUGGUCGGGCAUCUCAUUGGCUGACACGUGGAAGGUGUGGUUCAGAGUAAAUGGCUUCCUGCUGGCUUCGCUGGGUCUUGUUGGUGUUUUCUCUUUGGUGGUGGUCGUCCUCAUGUGCUGCCACUUGUAUCUGGUCUCCGUCAGCUCUACCACUUGGGAGUUCAUGUCUCGACACCGAAUCUCCUAUCUAAAGAGCUGCAGCGAUGAGGAGAACCCUUUUGAUCGGGGCCUUUUCUGUAAUCUGUGGGACUUCUUCUGCAUGUGCCGGACAGUGGUCUGGGAGCAGGUGUACUACAGAGGGAGCAACAGUUAUGUCUGACUCGUACCGUUGAACAUGACGGUGUCUUGGGAUUCCACUGCGUUAUACAUUUGGUGCUCUCAGAUAGUGAGUGUGUGUAGGUCAACUGUUUGUGUUGCGCUGACUACGUUAAAAACUCUAAUCAAAUAGAUUUUUAACCACUGUGUUACCCAUUUAAUCCUUAGAUUUGUACCUUUUUUACAUAUUUUUCUUUGUUAUCUAUUGUAAAUUAUUAAGCCGUGUUUUGUAUUGACACUAAAGUCUCAGUAAAACAGGAUAUUCCAUUAA